AUGCCAGGAGAGCCUGUUCCUAUGUCUUUCCCUCUGAUUGAGGAAAUCGACUUUGUGACCGCUAAUAACAUCCACUCACUGCAUCAGUUUGCUCAGCAGCCUCAAGUUGACGACAAGGAUAUAAACGUCAUUGUGGACUCUUUCACGAAAAACAACUGGGAUGAUAUUAUAGCUGAGUUUGACGCUAUGAAUGAUGCUGGCUCAUCUAAACCCCUUCUUCAAACCGUCAACCCGGCUUGGCUGGUCAACACUUCUCGACUGGGGCUUUCACCAGGCUCUGAAACGCCUCCGCUGGAUGAGCAUAUCUUCUCCCCGCUGAAUGAAAACAUCUUCUCGGAGAAUCCAUCUUCAAAUACCAGCAACAGUUCUAUAACUCCCAACAUGGCAGAAAAUGCUGCGGUUAUCAACUUGCUUCCGGACCCUUUCGAGAUCGUCGAGGGCUCAAUUGCGAUGUCCAACGUCCCCCCUACUCCUGUCGUCGACUUGAAUCCCACUGCCCCGCCGCAGAAUGGUCCAGGGACGAUGCCUGCACAACCCUUCAACAUGCAGCAAGCGUUCCCCCAGCUUUACUGUCCUCAACCUUACUAUCCUCAGCCCAUGUACAGCCAGAGAAUAUGCCCACCUGACCCCAAUGCACAGUCGAACAUGGCCAUGGUGCCGAUGUAUCCCAUGAACUUCAGCUACAAUAUGCCACCAUUUGGAUACGUUUCGCCUCAAUACCAGCAUCCCUACCAGAUGAUGCCUUCGAUGGGACCCCUGAUCAACCAACAAAACCAACAACAGUCCUUCGCUGUGCCUGCAACUAUCACGCCAUCGCCACCCCCGAAGCCAUCUCCAGAGCCCGUGUCAAACAAGCGUGUCUUCUCAUUCAUCAAUCAGACAGCACCAAAUUUUGUCGCCAAUCCUAACAACCACGGCAGAUGGAAAAUCGAUAGUAAGGGCAAUCGCCAAUACCUGAAUGCGCCGCCUGCCAAGAGACCGUGUCUUGCCAAGCUCUGA